AAAAAACAUGACCCGGCAACAUACAUCGGAUGACAGACACCCAUCAUUCUACCAAAACCCUCCGCUUCUCACGAGACACAUCUCUCUCUCUAACGAACUACGCAGCGGCCGGUUGACAACGAUGCUACGUUGACGCAGUGCAAAACUCCUUCCGGCGGCCACGACCAACCUACACCGUUCAACAUCAAAUUUUAAAUCGGCCCAAAUUUUAUUGUUGCACAGGGUCUGCGAUUUCUCGGGACCGGCCCUGCUAGUCAUAAAAUCCGCCAAACAGAAUCAUAAAUGUUGAAAAGAAGGCUAUUCACUUCACUCAUAUCCUCAACGCCGUUCCGCAAUGCAGCCACAGUCCAGACGAAUCAGAGAUCCUGCUCCACGAUUAUUGGAUCCACGAUCCAGCAGUCCAUUUUUGCGCAGCAUCGUGAACUGGGUUGGUUUUCUGGCCACCACAUUCUGAGGGCGUAUAGUCUUCUGAGCCUGAACGACCUCCGGGACAAUAAGGGCGCCCGCAAGCCCAACACCCGGAAAGGCCGUGGUAUAGGGUCAGGUAAGGGGAAGACUGCGGGUCGUGGACACAAGGGCCAGAAGGCACGCGGCACUAUGAAAUUCGGUUUUGAAGGAGGUCAGACCCCCCUCCGCCGCCGUCUCCCUAAGCGCGGAUUCAAUAAUCCGUUCUCUCUCACUUUUCAGCCAAUUGGGCUAGGGAAGGUAGCAAAGCUGAUCAAUGCAGGAAAGAUCGACUCAUCAGAGUUGAUAACUAUGAAAACUCUCAAGUGGGAAAACAAAUUGGAGAUGGUGUCAGAUUAAUGGGACGCGGAGCCGAAAAAAUUGAAUGGCCCAUUCAUUUUGAGGUUUCCAGGGUAACAGCUAGAGCAAAAGCAGCUGUGGAAGCUAAAGGUGGUUCAGUGAGGAAAGUGCACUACAAUAAGCUUGGUCUGCGUGCACUACUCAAACCUGAGUGGUUCGAGAAGAAGGGUAGAUUACUCCCAAGGCCUGCAAGGCCACCUCCUAAACUAAGGGACAAAGUUGAUAGUGUAGGGCGCCUUCCCGCUCCUACCAAGCCUAUCCCUUUUAUUACUCCCGAAGAGAAUGAUGAAGAGAUGUCUCCAUCCCUUGCUUCCACUACCUGACCAUUUAACUUUGUGGGAUUUUCAUAAUUUUGUAGACACCAAUACAGUUAAAUACUACCUCCGUCCCAUUAGAAGGUUCCCGUCCACUAUUUGCAUGGUCAACUUAAAUCAUUUUUAAUCGUUUACUUUAUAAAUCAAAUUUUUAUCAAAUUUACAUUUUUUAUUAGCCUUUGUAGUGGUUUUAAUGUAGUUUCUGAAUAUAUUAAUUUUAUUUACUAAAACUAAUCAGAGUGUGAACAGGGAUUAAGUUGCUUUAUCGUCAGUCAAGCAUCGUAAAUCGUUCACGGGAAUCUUGUAGCGGGAUGGAGGGAGUACUAUUUUGUGGGAUUUUCAUAAUUUCUCAUUACUACAAUCAUACCAGAUGCACAUAGACAGAGACACAAUGUUCGAAUAGAAGCCUGUCAUCAAUAAGUUGUUAUACCGUGAGAGCAGUCAAAGGUGAACAUAAUGCUCCAACAGCUAAAACACGCGUGAACAGUAAUAGUGUAGAUAAUAAUUUUUUUUGUUCGAGUAGGAGAGGGAUGUAAGUACUUGCACAUAAGAAAUGUAACUUAUGUUGAUAAGAAAUAUAUCUGUAGAUAAGUUGAAAUGUAACUUGUCUAAUACGGAGUAUAAAAAAUUGAACAUUGAUUUCAUUGUAAACAAUGAUAAAAAGGAGUUUAAUUGCUUAAC